AUAUGCGACACAAUUAGUAUGCGUUAUAAAAUAUAACAAAUUAUUGAAUCCAACAGAAGAUGCUCACAAGUUCCACUUCAUCUGUAUAAAAAUAUAACAGCGUUUUAUAAGACUUAAUGUGAAGGUUAUUAAGGUUUAGGUCGUUUAUCAAUGAGAGAAUGAUUGUGAAAUUGAAAUUUAUAUUCGUUAUACUGGAAUGUUUGAUUUAUGUUAACGGAGAGAGAAUUAUAGGAGCCAUUUGUGAUGACGGGAAUUUUUUAAACCAUGCAACAUUCGAUGUCGCUGUUGAAGCGGCAUCGAGAAAUGAAAAGAAUGCAUUCGUUUCUUCCGUAGUGAAAACUUCACCUGGUGAUAUAAAUGAAGCUGAAUUAGCUAUGUGCUCGCUCUUGGAGCAAAAUAUUCUGGGUGUUUUUGGACCACAGACACGAAAUACUUUAGAGCAUGUGCAAUCGCUGGCCGAUUAUUUUGAAAUUCCACAAAUAAUUACUGAGCCGAUAGAAAUUCUAAACAGAAAUUGGUCCGCUGUGAGCUUGUACCCUCAUCAUAACACUUAUUCCCAGGUUUUUGCUGACAUUAUCACGAUGAAGGGUUGGACGGAGUUUACAAUCAUUUACGAAGGCGCUGAACUUUUACCUUUUUUGAAUAACAUUGUUUCUAUAGAAGAUUUAGGAUCAGGUGAAGAAGUUAGCAUAAAAUUUAUACAACUUCCAGGCGACGCUGAUUAUAGAUCUCAACUUAAAAACAUUAAAGUAUCUGGAUCAUUAAACUACGUGGUUAUCUGUCAACUAAAGAAUCUAUUAAAUCUUUUAGAGCAAGCGCAACAAGUUGGCAUAAUGUCCGAUGAACAUAGCUAUCUCAUAAUGAAUCCAGACUUUCAAACUAUUAACAUCAGUCCAUUUAAGCAUGGCGGUUCAAAUGUAACAGGUAUUAGGUUUUUCGAUCCCGAACUAAAGGAAAUUCAGGAGUUAAUAAUAUCAAUAAACGGUAAGGUGAAGGAACUAUCGGAUAAUCAAUUGACAGAUGCAAUUAAAGAAAAUGGGCUUACAUUAAAUUUAGCCCUCAUGUACGAUUCGGUGAUGCUCUACACGUCGGCUAUCAAAGCAAUGAGCUUAGAGUACGGCGGCAAUGUUACCUGUGAUUCCGAUGAAACGUGGAAUUUGGGUUCCACUGUCAUUAAUUACGUGAGAACAAAUGAAAUCGACGGUUUGACGGGGCUCAUAAAAUUCAAUGAAGAAGGCUUCCGCACCGAUAUAGAAGUGGAAGUCUUUGAAGUUAUGGCUCAUGGCCUUGAAAAGGUAGGGACUUGGAAUUCAGAAGACGGAUACACGUUGUCAAGAAAAGUCAUACCAGUCGCGGAAGAGGAAGGAACUGAUUCAAUGAAAGGAAAGCAUUUUAUUGUUAUCACCGCUUUGAGUGCUCCUUAUGGGAUGCUAAAGGAGUCAUCUAAAAAGCUGGAGGGAAAUGACCGUUAUGAAGGUUUUGGAAUAGAAAUCAUCGAAGAACUAGCGAAAAUGAAUGAAUUCAACUAUACAUUUGAUAUCCAAACCGACGGGGUGUACGGAUCGUAUGAUGCUAAAAUAGGCAAAUGGACUGGAAUGAUGGAAAAGAUAAUGGAUGGCAGAGCUGAUUUUGCCAUCACCGAUUUAACGAUAACAGCUGCGAGACAAAAGGUGGUGGAUUUUACAAGUCCAUUCAUGAAUUUGGGCAUUACCAUAUUAUUCAAAAAGCCUUCAAAGCAACCGCCUGAUUUGUUUUCAUUUAUUUCACCAUUUUCAUAUGCUGUAUGGGGAUAUUUGACUGGCGCGUACGUAGGCGUUUCGGCCCUGCUUUUCCUACUAGGUAGAUUUGCACCAGAAGAAUGGCAAAACCCGUACCCUUGUAUAGAAGAGCCGGAGACUUUGGACAAUCAGUGGACAUUGGCUAACUCGUUCUGGUUCACGUUGGGUAGUGUACUUACCCAGGGAUCUGAAAUAGCACCCAUAGCUUUAUCGACGAGAAUGGCUGGGAGCUUGUGGUGGUUCUUCACGCUGAUCAUGGUAUCAUCUUAUACAGCCAACUUGGCUGCGUUCCUGACGGUUGAAUCGAAAUUUUACGCCAUUAAAAGUGUAGCCGAUUUGUCCAACAACCCCUACGACAUUAAGUACGGUGCGAAAAAAGGAGGAGCUACAUACGGUUUUUUUAAGGAAUCCGACAACAUACUGUAUCAUAAGAUGUAUCAAUACAUGGAUGAACAUCCAGAUCUGAUGACCCAGACUAACGAAAUUGGACUCGAAAGGGUGAAAAACGAGAAUUACGCCUUUUUAAUGGAGUCCACGUCUAUAGAGUACAUGGUCGAGAGGAAUUGCGAUGUCGCUCGAGUAGGCGGCAUGUUAGACAGCAAAGGAUACGGAAUAGCUAUGAAGAAAAAUUCUCCGUACAGACAGCCAAUGAGCGAAUCGAUAUUGCAAUUACAGGAACAAGGUAAAAUAACUAGAAUGAAAGACAAAUGGUGGAAGGAAAAGAGAGGCGGCGGAGCUUGUGCGGAUGACGAUGCAAGCAGUGGCGACGCGCAACCUUUGGUUCUGGCGAACGUGGGCGGAGUGUUCAUAGUCCUCGCUGUGGGAUCCGGCUUAGCGAUCGUCUGCGCUUUCUUUGAAAUGAUUGUAAAUGUGUGGUUUAUAUCAAGAAAGGCGAAGGUGCCAUUCUUGGAAGAGUUGAAGGCCGAAUUGAUGUUCGUGUUCAGCUUUAGCGGAGACGUCAAGCCGGUGCGACACCGUGAAUCUUCUGAUACGUCAACAGAUUCAAAAAAAGAAAAUAAAGAAGACGACGAAGAAUCUCAAGAAGAAGAAAACGAUGUGACGAACCGAAUACCGACGCCUUCGCAAAGAUCAAGUCAUUCGCGACACGUGUCGCACAGUAGACGUCAGAGCAACGCCUCGUAUAUGGCCAAAGUACGAAAAUCUAGCAAGCCGUAAUAAUCACAACAUCAUUUUUAUAUUUUAAUGUAGAUAGUUAAUAAUAAAUAUAUGUUGUGACGUAAAUUAUAAUGGCAAAAAAGUAUACUCGUACAUUAAGGAUGUCAACGCUAACAAGUGUCAUGGGUCACAAGAAUAAGUUACUACUUAUUAUUUUACACGGCAAUUUAUUCAGCUAAUGGAAAGCUAUGAAAGAUGCUUGUAACAAAGGUCGGUGUCCGUUUUGUAAAGGACGUUGAAAUAAUGGACACAUAUUUCAUUCGAGGCGAUGCAGAUUUAUAUUUAUAAAAGUCUCGGGUUGUCCAAUUAAAAUUAUUAUUUUUUUUUUUCCUGCAAAGCCCUUUAAACUACAAAAACCUUCUUACAGUUUUUGUUUUCAAUACUUAACACUAUUAAAUAAGACAAAAAGUAAAAGGUUCAGUCAUGAGUCUGUUAAUUAUGACUGAGUGAGAUUUUACUUAACGAAAACUAUUUUUUUUUUAUUCAGUUUGAAAUUUUCGAUUUAAGGUUAAGUUUAAAAACUUUCACAAAUUGAAGAAAUGAGAUUGACAUUUAUUUCAGUUUAGUUUUUCAGUUUUACUUCUUCAUCUUAUUUUUCUUUAUAACGGUGAUAAUUGUUAUAAAAUACAGUUUUAAUUCUUAGGAUUACUGUUUUUAAAUCAGACCCGGAAGAAAAAUUUUUUUAGCAAUAUAAAAAGUUUCGCUUUAUUUAUUUUCAGUUAUAGUACAUAAAUAUGAAUAAUUUACAAUACUUCUCUUAACAAACCAUGAAGUUAUUUUCUCACCUAAAUCAUAAUAUAUCAAAUCUGUUUCUAAAAAUAUCUCUCUUCUCCAACGUAUAAAAGCUAUUAGUGAUAGUAGGGCAAGUAGUUUCUUCCUGAGUGUAGGAAUUUUUCAUUAUUUUGAGGACCUAAGGUAUAUUUUUCCAUUACAGUUAUUAUCUUUGUAAAAAUUUAUUAUAGUUUUACUACAGCAAUAAAUAUAUUUGAUAACAUUAGAAGAAUUAUAGUCACUAGACGUAUGGUGUGGAAUAUUUUUUUGGGUAAAUAAAAUUUCAUUUUCAUUUCAUAGAUUUGCACUUACUAACAAUAACAGAUAUUUAAAUAAUUUAAAGGUAUAGUAAAAAAUACAAUAUUUGUUUUGUAUAAAAUGUUUCAACUAAGUUUCAAGUAUAUUCCCGUCGUCUAGCAAAAGCCACACUCAAACCACCGGAUGAGUGCCUUGAUCCGUGCGAGUGAUGGGUAUGAUGAGUGUCAGUGGACCUUCCAGAUUUGAUAGAGUGAAGGGAUUUGAUCUCAUCUUUCGCUUCCAAUUCCGCGAGUGCUUCGAAGCUGCCAUCGCUUUCUUUUGUCGGACGUUUCACUGGUUUUAUAUCCCCGUUAAAAGUAAGAGCAAAUUUAAGCUCCUCUAUUAAUUCAUAUUUAAAUGUUGUCUGCAACAAAUAUAGAACAUCUUUAAAACUAGACUAGAUUUAGGCUGUUGUAGAAUAAGCGCCGCAAAAAAAGAAAGAAAAACUUUCUAUUGAUUUUAUUUUAUUUUGUUUCUGAUAACGUAACUAAACUUAUAUUUUUAUGAAAAUAUAAUCUUAGAAUGUGCUAACUUACAUUAUAUUUAACUGAGCGCUUGAAAACUCCCCACAUCAUGUCCAGGGUUGAUACAAAAACGCCAAUCAAUGAGCCCACGCCGAGUACUACGAACGCUCCCAACAUAUUUUUCAUACCCAAUUGCUUAGGAUCUUCGUCCGUCUUUGUCUGUAAAAUUUUCAUUAGUUCGUAUAAAUUUCUUCUAUGGGCCUGCUGACUUUGUUUAAAAAUAUUAUUUUUAAAAAAUUACGUAUCUAUUUCCUUUUUCAUCAUAAAAUAGAUCCAAUUAUUCGGUCGUAAAAACUUUGAAGUAUGAGGAAUUGAAACUAUUUUCAUUGGAAUACAAGUUUUUGAAACGUAGACAAAUGUUAAAAAUAUUACUUGUCAUACAGCAGUGGUAUAUAAACUAUAAAUGAGAAAAAUAUCUUUUACGUUAGCAGGUUUUAAAAAUGUGUAGAUACGUAGCUAUUUUUUAGACCAAUAAACUUUGAGAUUACAAUAAAAUAAUUGAUAUUUAGGAUAGGAAUGUUCCUUUAAAGGCACUAAACAUUAAAGUAAAUACAUUAUUACCCAAAAGCGUAAUAUAAAUAACGGUUACCCCACACUUUCCCCCGUCGUGUUUUUGUUUCCACCAAAUGUCUUUUAGCUUUUGUAUUUCACCUCUCUCCUUAAGCUGAAGUAAUGCAUCGUCAAUGUGCUUUUUGUAUUUCGAACCUACAUAAAAUACGCUUCAUUUUAUUUUUGAAAUACAAUUUGUUGUGAAAAUACAAAGUUUUUUUUUAUAUUAAAGAUAAGAAAUUUAUUUUGUUUCGUUUAUAUAAUUAUUUGGACAAUUUCAGUUGAUGAUAUUUUAUUACCUUUUUUCAUUCCAAUGCCAUAACUUUUUGAAUCAAGAAGUCCUCCGACUUGGAGUAAAUCACAAUGCCUCUCUUUGUAAUACUCUAUGGAUGUAGAUUCCAUAAAAAAUGCAUACGUCGAGUUUUCAGCCCUGCAUACAAACGAUGUGAUGGAAAAUAAGCUUGGGAAAACAAAGUAAUAUGUUUCUAAAGAUAUUUUUUGUUGUGAAAAAUGUCACGAAUUAGUUAAAAAGUGAAUUUAUAUGUUAUAAAAAACAUUUAAUUCAAUAAAUAAAAAAAUGUAUACUUUA